AUGGCUUGAAGGCUCUCAAGAGGCAAAUUGAUUGCCUUGUUUCUUUUGCUGAUACUGAUUACUUCGUCCUUGUCAGGUUUUAUUUUUUACUAUUCAGUUGACUAUUCAAGUAUUUCUUUUAGGAUUGAAUCGGGGAAUUUAAAUAAUAAUGCUACAUUGAAAAGAGAUAUAGCGGAAAAAGAGAUAGGGAUAGGACUUCUGAAAACGUUAGAAGCCUGAAGAUAUAAAAAUUUCAAUGAUAUCAGCUCAUGACCUUUAACACAAUACCCAAGGCUUCCAUAUGAGCAAAAUAUAUCAUGUCUCCCAAAGAAAUUUGGCUAUACAAGAGAGCAGGCAAAUCAACUAUUUGAUCCAAUAACUCCCUCUCAUCAGGAACAAUCAAAAUUUUUUGCUGAGUUGUAUUGGAAGGCCAUUUUAUUUUUAAAUUUUAAUAUAAUUUAUAUUAUAUUUUUUUCAUUUUAUUAAGCAAUGAGUAAAAAUUUAUUUAAUUUGUAAAUUUAUUUUUAAUAAUUAUUACUGAUUUAUCAAAUGGCUGUUUGCUCCUUCACAGAGAAGGCUAGUAAGAAUCUUUAAAACCUGCAGCUUUAUGCAAAAGCCGAUCAUAAAACUCGAAAAAGGUCAAUUAAGCAUAAAAUGCAAGUCUCCUGAAUCUCCUGAGUAUAUUCUUGGAGAAUCUCCCUCAAAAGAGCUAUUUGGAGAAGUUGAAGCAAAUAUAAAAUGAAAACGAUAUUGGAUCCCAAUAGACACAGAAGACUCUGAGUACGUCUUUGCCAAAUGCUCCAGAUGAAAAACUCAUGCAGUCCUCACAAAUAGAUUUAAUUUAACAUCCUCUCAGAGAGCAUUAAAUAUAACUGCAAAACUUCAAAAAAAUCUAAAAAUGAAAGAAAAGCCUCGGCCCUUAUCUGUGCUUUUAGUCCUUUUUGACUCUCUUUCAAGGCAGCAUUUCUACAGAAAUUUUCCAUUUACAAUUAAUUAUUUGAAUGAAUCAGUCCAUGAAGGGGUCUACUCAAAAAGAUUUGCUAUGUACGAUUUUAUAAUAAACAAUGCGCAUGGAGAAAAUACUACUCCAAACAUGGUGCCUUUACUAUAUGGGCACAAUAUCUUAAAAAUCAGCCAAAAACUUGAAGGUUUUUCUAUCAAGAAUCAAAAUGACUGAUGAAAAUUCAGAGAAAUCCAAGAAGAAGCAUUGUGAAAAUACUAUGAAAAACUAGGAUAUGUCACCAUGUUUGGCUACGACACAAUUUGAGAUUUUCUAUCUUAUUAUGCAGGUCGACAAAUCCUCACAGACCAUGUGGCUACCAAUUUUUGACACGCAGCAAAAAAAGUUUACGGAUACACAGAUUUUUUAGAAAAGCAAAAAUGCUUUGGGAUGCAUAAUUCUCACUGAUACUUGCUUAACUACGCAAAUGAGUUUUUAGAGAAUUAUAUUCACCAUAAUAGAUUUGGUUACAUCCACAUAUCAACUGCUCACGAGUCAUCAGGCACUGUAAUAAGGACUGCUGAUAUAGACUUAAAAGAGUUUCUCGAAAGAGCUUUGUAUUUUUAUGACAAAAUCCUGGAUGAAGAUGUAGUUAUUCAUUUAAUGGCUGACCAUGGCAAGCAUUCUAGGGAAUGGGACUUAAGAUAUGAAGGAUACUUGGAAAACCAGCUCCCAUUACAUAUAAUUUUGGCGAAUAAAGAACUGAUUCAAAGGCUAAAUGCUGACGAGGUACUUAAACAUAACACACAGAGGCUGGUCAGUAGGCUUGAUUGAAGCCUAACUUUUAGGCAUUUGGCAUUAGUCCCAUAUGGAAAAUUGGGAAUUGAUUCAUCAUUAUAUCAGGAUAUGAAAAAAAAUAGUGACACACCUUAUGCUGUUUCUUUAAUAUUAGAAAAAAUAGACGAUUCUCGACAAUGUGACCAAGUAGACAUCCCUCCACACUAUUGCACUUGUAUUGAGUAUAUUGAAGUUGAUUUAAACAGCACUUCUAAUCAAAAUGUGACUAAUUUGCUACAGGCAUAUUCCUUAGAUAGCCCAAUAUGGGUUAGGGAUAGAGGUCAAAACUUCCACUUGGUUCGGCCAAAAUGGGCUGGUUGAAUCCAGUAAAAAGUGGCAAAUAAUCCUCCUUCCACUUGGUUCGACCAAACCAUUUUGGCCUAACCAAGUGGGAAGUUUUGGCCUCUAUUUCUAGCCCAUUCCGGGCUGUCUAAGGGAUAUGCCUAUAGCAAAUUUGGGUAUUAAGUCGCUAAACCAAAGAACAAAAAUAAACGAAUUGGGAGAAUUCUGCAAUGUUAGUGUAUUAAACAAAAUUAUAUCAGCUAAUGUGCAGAUAUUGAAAGAUUUUAAUGGAGGGGGCAAUAGAAUUUAUAAAGUACUGAUAUCAGCUAAUGAAGACCCUGAAGCAAUUUUUGAGCUGUAUGGAUUGGCAGCAGUAAGUGUAGUUAUCCCGAAGUAUCUAAAGACAGAUCCUGAUGGUAUUUAUCCAAAUGAGACUUAUUACACCCGAACUGAAGUGGCUGAUUAUGAGAUGGUCUUACAGCUUCAAGAAAUAGUCAGGGUUGAUACACCCAAUGAGGGCUGCACCAAUUUUUUGAAAUCAAUCAAUAAGACUGAUUCCCUAUGCAUUUGUAAAAAAUACUAGUGUCUAAUGUUAGCGUAGAAUUUUAUAGUGAAAUACACACUAUGUAGCACAGGGCUUUUUUGGCUAAAACUUGAGCCAAAAAAGCCCCGUGCUAUAGUGUAUUUCACAAUAUUCUUCAGUGGAUUAAUGACUUCAAUUCGUUAAGCUAGUUGAUUUCUCCCAAGUCAUUUUUAUCAGAAUAAUAAAACUUUCAUAAAGAAUGAAGCCUUGCGGCUAGAAGAUCUCACAGGAUGCAUUGCAUACUUUCGUUAACUACCGUGCAUGCUGAGCUUAAUAAUAUUCUUCCUCGGGAAUGUCGAGCUUUAAUACCCUAGGCAUUUUAAGAUCCAAGGACCAGCUGCUCUUGCUUACUUUGUGGUAUUACAUCUCUGAUAUAGCUAGAUAAAGGGAUACCAUAAACUGAACCCUAAAAUAAUAAAUAUUCGAAUUAGAAAAGUUCUGAAGAACUAAUCCCUCAUGCAGUCAUUUUAUUAUUAUUGUAAAAAAGAAUACAGUUAUAUAGAUAUUUCUGGAGAUAGCGAUUAG